AGGCGUAGCGAUAGUAGCAUGGCCUGUGCUGGAAGGAAUGGUUGAUUUAGUGUCUGUUGUAAAAUAUAGAGUGGGAGUUUGGGGUUGCACUUAGAGUGACAACAUUGUAACAUAUUAACAUCACAGUAGAAUAUAAAUAAGAUCACAUAUCGUGAAGAUUUCAGUUUCCUAGAGUCAGCGCUGCAGAGCAGUUUGGAUUUAAGCCAGCCAUGGAGUUUGCUGAGCUGAUCCUGGUCCCUAAGCUUGAUGGGGUCAUAAUGCAUUGGCCAUUCCAAAAACCAGUUGAUGGCACUCUCUGCAUCACAGGUCACCAUCUCAUACUGUCCACUAGGAAAGAGAGUGUUGAGGAACUCUGGCUCCUUCACCAUAAUGUGGAUGCAGUGGAAAGGAGAAUCAGCGGAAUGCAGGGGGGAAGUCUGAUCAUCAAGUGUAAGGAUUUUCGAAUCAUUCAGUUGGACAUCUCUAACCCAGAUAAGUUUCUGAAAGUUGCCACCACUGUUGAGAACCUUUCGUCACUUGAUGAACCUACAAAACUGUACCCCUUCUUCUAUCGCCCUAUGUUCCCUAUUUUGGAGGAUGGUUGGACAGCAUUCCGCCCCGAGACAGAAUAUUCACAAUUGGUGACAAGUCAGGCAGAUGAAUGGAGGAUCAGCUACAUCAAUAAAGACUUCAGUGUCUGUGCCACAUAUCCCAGUGCAGUGGUGGUGCCCAAGUCUGUGGAUGAUGACACCAUUAUUGCUGCUGCCAAUUUCCGUGAAGGGGGGCGCUUCCCAGUACUUAGCUAUAGGCAUGACACUGGGAGUGUCCUGAUGAGAAGCAGCCAGCCCAUGACAGGUCCCAGUUCCAAACGCUGCAAGGAAGACGAGAGACUCAUCAACUCUGUUCUAGGACCCGGUAAACGUGGCUAUAUUAUUGACACCCGUACACAGACGUUGGCUCAGACAGCUAAGUCUCGUGGAGGUGGCUUUGAAGUAGAGAUGUACUAUCCACAAUGGCGAAGAAUCAAUAAGCCCAUUGAUCGUCAUCAGGGCCUGCUUGAUUCCCUUGCCAAGCUUGUUGAAGCUUGUAAUGACACGACUGCAUCAACAGACAAAUGGUUGUCUCGCCUCGAGUCAUCCAACUGGAUGUCACAUAUAAAGGACACUCUCAACUGUGCUUGUUUGGUGGCACAAUGCCUUGAUCAGGAAGGGGCUUCAGUACUUGUCCAUGGUUCUGAAGGUUUGGAUGCUACACUGCUUGUGACAUCAUUAGCACAAGUCAUCCUUAAUCCAGACUGUAGAACUGUACGAGGGCUGGAAGCACUAGUUGAGCGAGAGUGGCUGCAGGCAGGAUAUCCGUUCCCCAUUCGCCAUCGCAAGUCAUGUUACAGCACUGGGCGGACCAAGGCUCAUGCCCCAACAUUCCUCCUGUUCCUUGACUGUGUGGGACAGAUUCACCAGCAGUUCCCAUGCAGCUUUGAGUUCAGGACCUCAUUCCUCAUCAUGCUAUUUGAACAUUCCUACUGUUCACAGUUUGGUACAUUCCUGGGCACAUGUGAAGCAGAGAGAGCUGGCAUGAAGCUGGCUGAACAGACUGUCAGUCUGUGGUCUUAUCUGAAUCGGCCAGACAUUCUUCAGUCUUUCCUCAACCCCAUGUAUGACCCCAAUAAUCGUGUCAUUUGGCCAUCAGUUGCACCCAUGAGUUUGUCACUGUGGUCUGAAUUAUUCCUUCGUUGGGUGGUGGAUCAGACACCUCAACAGAAAGCCUGGGAGACGAUAACAUCACUUCGAGAGAAGGACAAGGAACUCCGACUGAAAGCCACACGGUUACGACGACAAUUAGCAGACUUAGAAAAGGAAGCUGUGGAAGCAGGAAUACUUGUGCCAGCAUCAGCUGGUGCUCCACCUACAUCAGAAGCAGUGGCUGAUGCUUAACCCUAAAUGAAUCAUAACCAAAUCAUCAUGUUAGGUUGAAAGAGAUAUUUUUCUUUCAUGUGUAAAUAGUAAAUAUAUAUAUAUGUAUGUAUGUAAGAAAAUCUAAGAAUGUGAACAGGGAAAAUAUUUUCUCUGCAUGUUUCUUGCCUGUGUAGUUGAAAUAAAAUGCCAGCAGAUUUCACAUGCUGUUAGAUAACAUCAAUUUUUUGGUGGCACAAAUUGUUGACGCUUGUUCAGAAAGUGAAGACCGUUUUCACAUAGCAGCACAUGGGUAGCAAUGAAGAAAUGAAGAUAGUUCAAGACUGGAUCAAUGGACUGGCAGCAUAUUUCUACAAUGCAGAAAUACUGAAGCUUGUCACACAAUCUUCAUGGGAAUUAUAUAGAAAAAUUAUUUAAGGUAUGUAGUAAUGAUGUAAGAAAUUUUAACUUUAUAUAUUUAUUCUUUUAUCACCAAUCAGUCUUUACUUCCUGGACAACGUAUGUAAUUUCAGUAGGUUGAACUCUCUCAGUCACACUGCUGGUCAGUGGAGACAGUGUAAAUUCAAGUUGUCUCAGAUGAUAACAAGAGGAAAUGCCAAAAAUUUGCUGCUUCUAUGCCCAUGGUGUUGAUUGCUUCUUAAUAUUGUGAAUGUAUGAGGUUAUCACUGUGGAGUUCCACACAAACGCUGUGUAAAUGCUUCAUGAAAUGGUUCUCUGACAUGUUUUCCGAACAUCUGUGUUGCACCCAGCUUUGUUAAUAAAGCACUUCUGUGUAGAUGUGGCUGA